UACUGGGAUUUUCAGUACGCGCGCGAUCGCCGCGUCGAAGACACGGUUCUGGCGUGAUCGGUCGCACUUUCCACCAGUCUGUUAUGAUCGAGCUCGUUGAAAUAAACGCCAUCGUAUUUCGGUGAAAACUUGAAAAAAAACAAGUGAAUAAAAUUACAUUUUUCAGCAGAUAGAUCGGCGAAAUGAAACUAAAAAAUUGCUUGUGAAGUGCGAUUUAACGAUUGAUAAUUAAUAUCGUCAAGUGGCACCAAUACAUUUCAUUUAAAAAAUUAAGACUAGUUGGUACUCUUAAAUCGAGAUAUAAUUACAUGUAAUAUAAGAUACUUAAGAAAACUGUAGACUGAAAGCGACGUUAAUACUGUACAUUCCUUAAUGACUCGUUGACCAGAAUCGACAUUGGCGAACAAAAUCGUAUUUACAACGGACAGGGUAGUUCUUAAUUGCUAAUGACAAGAGGGAUUCGUUGACUCGAGGAAGAAUUAAGGUUGUUCUACGGGGUAAACGAGGCCGGGGCCUACGCGCAAGGAAUCCCACAGUCGUCGACAGGGACUGAGGACUCGGUGAAGCGGAACGAGCGCAAAUUAGGCAGCUGUAUGACGCUCGGAAAUGCGCAGAUUGCUGGCCAGAAGUGGUCGUCGUCGUCGUCAAUGGACAGGGGGUAAACCACUAUGACGAAUCAAACGGCCAAUUACUAUGGGGACGUUUAUCAAUGGAAUCGCACGGUAUCGACGGAUGGACAAGAUACGCCGACGGAGUACUAUCUGCCGAAUUGGACGGAUCUCGUUCUGGCGGGGCUGUUCACGAUGUUGAUCAUCGUCACAAUAGUGGGCAACACUCUAGUAAUAAUUGCUGUGAUAACAACGAGGCGCCUACGAUCCGUUACUAAUUGUUUUGUGUCCAGUUUGGCUGCAGCGGAUUUGUUGGUUGGUUUGGCUGUCAUGCCGCCAGCAGUAGUGCUACAGCUCACAGGUGGUACCUGGGAGUUGGGCGAGGUGCUCUGCGACUCGUGGGUCUCCCUCGACGUUCUUCUCUGUACUGCCAGCAUUCUAUCUUUAUGCGCCAUAUCAAUAGACAGGUAAGUCGUUCGCUGGCCCGGACUCUGAUUUUCAUCAUAUAAACACCGAAUGAGACGAUCGUGGAAAGAUUUGAUUGCGCGUAAAUGAGUAAUGAUAGAAAACAGGCAAUUAAACGAAUUGCAGUGGUAACGUAUCUAAUUUAGUGUUCGAGGAAGAUCGUUUAAAGUUUAUAGGAGAUUUCACGGGAUUUUGAAGACGCGAAUUGGUACAAAUUAACUGGCCGAUCACGUCCUCGCUUGUUCCCCAUCCGCGAGGUUUGUAUCGAUCUACUCUUACUCCAUUCAAGCGUAACAGCAUCCAUGAAGAUUAAAAAUAUUUCGAUCAAAACGAGUGCAGAUUAUAGUGAAUACCGUGAGCACCGACGGCGGAUAUUAAAAUAUUCUAAAAUAUUUAAUAAUCU